UACCUGUCUGAUUUUGGCCCAUAGUUUUGGGGUGCUGUCUGUGACUGGCCCCUGUCUGUUAUGGAUACCAGUGUGUGACUCUGGCUUCUUUUCCAGAGGCUACUGAGGGUUUUGUAUGGAUUCUAAUUCACUGGGGUCCCUGGUUGUGAUUCUAACUCAUACCCAUUUGGGAGCAGGUAACUCUGAGAGGUUCCCUGUGGCUUGAGAAGGAAGAGAAAAUUGGUGUGUGUGUGUGUGUGUAUAUACAUGGAGGAAAGGUGUGGUGGCAGCCUAAUGUUGGGUAGGUGCUCUUACUACCUGGCUUUGCCUAAUUGUUGUUCAGAGGGCAGGGCCUGAAGAUUCUGGGAUACUGCCUGGUGACCCCUGGCUGGGUCACAUGGCUCUCAGAACUUCCUUAGAUCUCAAGCCCUGAGAUUUGGGUGAAAUGACUGCCCUUCCAACCUAGUAGCAUAGCACAGUGGUUCGGAACAGCCUCCGAAAGGGCUCCUUUUGCCUCUGAAUAACUUGGGCCCAGAGCCCUGAGGAGAGAGCUAGCUGCCUUGGGACCUGGCUGUACAUAAGAGACCAGACUCAGGGCUCAGCCAGUUGCCCUGUGAGGGCCAAAGCUGUGUUGGCCAGGAGCCCAGGGAGGCAGCAGCUGUCUCAUUGCCAAGUUACCCCCUUCACCCCCUAAACCUCUCCUGGUCUCCUGCUGUCUUGUAGGGGGCAGCCAGCAUCUUGUUGAGAGGGUGAAAUGGCACCUGGGGGCCAUGGAAGGAGCCUUGUGGGUGCGUGGGACUCCUGUAGUGAAGUCUUGCAUCCAUGCCUAAUGUGCCUGAUCUCUUACAAGUCAUUCAGCACCAAGAGCUCCCCUAGAGUCCCUACAGGAGGCAUCACCCAGGCUGGCAGAUCAUGGUGGCAGCAGCAGGGGUAGCUGGGAAGUGAAACGGAGCCAGCGGCUGAGGAAGGGCCCCAGCAGCCCCCGAAGGCCCUAUCAGGACAUGGAGUAUGAAAGACGAGGUGGUCGUGGGGACAGGACUGGCCGCUAUGGAGCCACCGACCGUUCCCAAGACGAUAGUGGGGAGAACCGCAGCCGGGACCAUGAUUACCGGGACAUGGACUACCGCUCAUACCCCCGCGAGUAUGGCAGCCAGGAGGGCAAGCAUGACUAUGACGACUCAUCUGAGGAGCAGAGUGCAGAGGAUUCCUACGAGGCCUCCCCGGGCUCCGAGACUCAGCGUAGGCGGCGGCGGCGGCACAGGCACAGCCCCACCGGCCCGCCAGGCUUCCCCCGAGACGGCGACUAUCGGGACCAGGACUAUCGCACGGAGCAAGGGGAGGAGGAGGAGGAUGAGGAGGAGGAGGAGGAGGAGGAGAAGGCCAGUAACAUCGUCAUGCUGAGGAUGCUGCCACAGGCAGCCACUGAGGAUGAUAUCCGUGGCCAGCUGCAGUCCCAUGGCGUCCAAGCACGGGAAGUCCGGCUGAUGCGGAACAAAUCCUCAGGUCAGAGCCGGGGCUUCGCCUUCGUCGAGUUUAGUCACUUGCAGGACGCUACACGAUGGAUGGAAGCCAAUCAGCACUCCCUCAAUAUCCUGGGCCAGAAGGUGUCCAUGCACUACAGCGACCCCAAGCCCAAGAUCAAUGAGGACUGGCUGUGUAAUAAGUGUGGCGUCCAGAACUUCAAACGCCGUGAGAAGUGCUUCAAAUGUGGUGUGCCCAAGUCAGAGGCAGAGCAGAAGCUGCCCCUGGGCACAAGGCUGGAUCAGCAGACGCUGCCACUGGGUGGACGGGAGCUGAGCCAGGGCCUGCUCCCCUUGCCACAGCCCUACCAGGCCCAGGGAGUGCUGGCCUCCCAAUCCCUGUCACAGGGCUCAGAGCCAAGCUCGGAGAACGCCAACGACACCAUCAUUUUGCGCAACCUGAACCCACACAGCACCAUGGACUCCAUCCUGGGGGCCCUGGCACCCUAUGCAGUGCUAUCCUCCUCCAAUGUUCGAGUCAUCAAGGACAAGCAGACUCAACUGAAUCGUGGCUUCGCCUUCAUCCAGCUCUCCACCAUCGUGGAAGCAGCUCAGCUGCUACAGAUCCUGCAGGCCCUGCACCCGCCGCUCACCAUCGAUGGCAAGACCAUCAACGUUGAGUUUGCAAAGGGUUCUAAGAGGGACAUGGCCUCCAACGAAGGCAGCCGCAUCAAUGCUGCCUCUGUGGCCAGCACUGCCAUUGCUGCGGCCCAGUGGGCCAUCUCACAGGCCUCCCAGGGUGGGGAGGGUGCCUGGGCCACCACUGAGGAACCAUCGGUCGACUACAGCUACUACCAACAGGAUGAGGGCUAUGGCGGCAGCCAGGGCACAGAGUCCUCCCUCUAUGCCCAUGGCUACCUCAAGAGCACCAAGGGCCCCGGCAUCACUGGAACCAAAGGGGACCCAGCUGGAGCAGGUGCUGAGGCCUCCCUAGAGCCUGGAGCAGACUCUGUGUCACUGCAGGCUUUCUCCCGUGCCCAGCCUGGUGCCACCCCUGGCAUCUACCAGCAGUCAGCAGCUGAGGCGAGUAGCAGCCAGGGCACUGCUGCCAACAGCCAGUCAUACACCAUCAUGUCACCUGCUGUGCUCAAAUCUGAGCUCCAGAGCCCUACCCAUCCCAGCUCUACCCUGCCACCAGCCACCAGCCCUACCACCCAGGAGUCCUACAGCCAGUACCCUGUUCCUGACGUCUCCACCUACCAGUAUGAUGAGACAUCUGGGUACUACUAUGAUCCUCAGACUGGCCUCUACUAUGAUCCCAACUCCCAGUAUUACUACAAUGCUCAGAGUCAGCAGUACCUGUACUGGGAUGGAGAAAGGCGGACCUACGUUCCUGCCCUGGAGCAGUCGGCCGAUGGGCAUAAGGAGACAGGGGCACCCUCCAAGGAGGGCAAAGAGAAGAAAGAAAAGCACAAGACCAAGACGGCCCAACAGAUUGCUAAGGACAUGGAACGCUGGGCCCGCAGUCUCAACAAGCAAAAAGAAAACUUCAAAAAUAGCUUCCAGCCCAUCAGCUCCCUGAGAGACGAUGAAAGGCGGGAGUCAGCCACCGCAGAUGCUGGAUACGCCAUCCUAGAAAAGAAGGGAGCAUUAGCUGAGAGACAGCACACCAGCAUGGAUCUCCCAAAACUGGCCAGUGAUGACCGCCCAAGCCCACCUCGAGGGUUGGUGGCAGCCUACAGCGGGGAGAGUGACAGUGAGGAGGAGCAGGAUCGAGGGGGCCCAGAGAGGGAAGAGAAGCUCACUGACUGGCAGAAGCUGGCCUGUCUGCUCUGCCGUCGCCAGUUCCCCAGCAAGGAGGCGCUCAUCCGGCACCAGCAGCUGUCCGGGCUCCACAAGCAAAACCUUGAGAUUCACCGGCGAGCCCACCUGUCAGAAAAUGAACUAGAAGCACUUGAGAAGAAUGACAUGGAGCAAAUGAAGUACCGAGACCGUGCAGCUGAACGCAGAGAGAAGUAUGGCAUCCCUGAGCCACCAGAGCCCAAGAGGAGGAAGUAUGGUGGCAUGUCUGCAGCUUCUGUAGACUUUGAGCAACCCACUCGGGAUGGUCUGGGCAGUGACAACAUUGGCAGUCGCAUGCUCCAGGCCAUGGGUUGGAAAGAAGGCAGUGGCCUGGGCCGUAAGAAGCAGGGCAUUGUGACACCUAUUGAGGCCCAGACACGAGUGCGGGGCUCCGGCUUGGGUGCCAGAGGCAGCUCCUACGGGGUCACCUCAACCGAGUCCUACAAGGAAACACUGCACAAGACAAUGGUGACCCGUUUCAACGAGGCCCAGUGAGGAUCUGCAAGAGCUACUUCUGCAAAUGUUGGUGUCCAGCCUGGGGCAGGGGAAAAUGAAAUGUUUAGUGGUCUGAGCAGGACCCUGCACCUGUCCACCAGCCCAGUCCCCAGCCAGACAGGCCCUGACGAAGUCAGACUUGGAGUUGGUGACUUGCUGGAAAACUGGGCUAGCAUCACAUUCUUUUUAUAAUAAAAGGUGAAAAGU